AAGGGCAACCCGCACACUUUGCCGCGCCAGGGAUGGAGAUCAGGAAGGUGCGGCAGGAGACCAGGCGGGAAAUCGGCCAGCGUCGCCAGAGGAAUGGGCAAGCAUGGUUGGCACGACCUUUCUCGCUGUCGCAGAUGGGGUCAGACGAAGCGGACUGACCAAACGACCCGGUCUGACAGAAAUGGCGCGGCAACCGGACAGGCAGAGUGGUCUGACAGGACGGUCGAACGGCGAAAACUCCGCCGCGCUGCAAAAGGGAACCGGGCGUUCCCGCGGUUCAGCUUCCGAAGAAAACUCAGCAGCAUGCCACGCCAGCCCUGUCAGCUCAGCGUCCAAAAUGAGCGUGGCAGUACGCCACGCCCAGGGCUCCCGAGCCAAGCUCUGACCAGGAGCAGCCGCUCGCGACGUGGCUCGUUCCGAGGGCCCUCGCAACAGACACGCUCGCAGAGCUGUCGGGCAGCGCGCCGAGCGGGGUGGGGCGAGGGGGGCGGCCGUGGAAGAGGGAAGGGGCCUCUCGGGAGGGAUCAGAACACGUCUGGGGGAGCGGCAGGGAAGCGGACAAGGAGGAGGAGCCCCACUCCCGUCUUCGCGCCGCCGAGCAGAAUGGUUCUAGCCAGCCUCUCACCGAAUUCGAGCCGGUGCCGAGCCGCCCGACGCCGCGAACGUGUGGCGCGCGGGGUGCCCGUCAGCCCCGAAGCGGGGGCUGGACCCGAGGUGUGCGGCACGAGGGAGGAUCGCGGGUGAGGAGGAGGAGGAGGAGGAGGAGGAGGAGGGAGGGGGCUCCGAGGAGCGAGCCGGUGGCGGACCGCCCUGCGCGCAAGGACGGCGCCCGGGAGGCCCGUCGGCCCCGAAGCGGAGGCCGGGCCCGAGAUACUCGGCAGGGUGGAGCUGGACGGAGGCUCUGCAGUCGGACCCAGGCCAGAGGAGCAUCCUUCGAGAGCAGGAGGCCCUAGGAGCCAAAGGCGGCGGAGGGGUCGGCGGGAGGCGAGACACGGAGCCGUGGAACCGAUGCUCCCUUCUCACUGGGCGCUGCGGUACCUCUGGGAGCGGUCCUGCUGCAGCGGCUUCGUGGGCCUUGGGAACGGGAUCCGCACGCCGUCUUCAAAUAGGACCGGCUUGUAGAUCGCCGGGACGCUGUCUCUCAUGAACGGACUGUUCCGGUAGCGGCUGAUGUUCUCGCUGAGGCCCUGGCAUACGCUCCAGCGCGUGUUGCACACCGCGUCAGAGCCCGGCGACGCCCAAUCGUCAAAGCCCUCGAAGGCAAUCAUGAACUCCUCCGCCCGCUCAGGGGAUGUAAGGUUCACGAACCCGUACCCGACGCCUGACACCUCGGUGCGCUUGAUGGGGACGUAGACGAAGUCGAACCAUGUCGAGUACCCCCUGGAUUCCAGCAGGGCGAUCAGCGAGUCGCACGUGUAGGAGAAGGGGCCUCCGGAUGUUGCGCAUCAUCACCGUGGUCCAAGCGGGCGCCUUCGGACCCUCGCCGCCCCGCCGCGGGCGCGGGCCUCCCGCCAGCGCGAGGCCCCUGGGCACGAACGCCUCCGCGCGGCUGCUCGGAGAAGAAAGAAGAAAAGGCACAGACAUAAACCUCGACCAGAAAACAGACGACACCACCCCGCCUACGGCCCCAGGGGGCUCAGCGUGUGCCAAAGAAGUCUGGCGCUGGUUUCCGCGUGGCCUGCGCUGCGGCGCCCGACGGACCGUAGCGCAACACGGAGGGCCGUAGGUGGGGUGGCGGCGUUGGCAUUUUGGUCGAUGAAUCUUCGGAGCUCCGCGCGGAUUUAUUGGAUCAGCGCUGGACGCGCGCGGAGCGCGCCCAGGGGGCGGCGCUGGAGGCGCCACCAGGAGGGCCCAGCGCCGAUCCGAGAAAUCCGCGCGGAGCCCCGAUAGGCAACCACAUGUGAACCCUAACCCUGCACGCCAGUGUU